UUUUAUGAUGCGUCUCCUUUCUGUAUUUUUCUGUAAAUAUCAGAUGAGAACGCCCAACUUAAGACUCAUUCCAUAUGUUUCCAGUUUCCAACUCCCAAGUUCAUCCAAAAAGUUUCAUGCGGCAGACAAAUAUCCCAAAUAAAGACACCAAAAUAUGGAUAAACUCCCAAAAAAAAUAAACAUACAUCAACCCUCAAGUCCCAAACAAACAUCACCUUCUCCAGUAUCAACCUAAGCAAAUUCUUUAUUAUUUUGCUCGGUAUAUAAAUACACAUACGCUCCUAGGCUCCUAGCAGCAACUCUUUAAACCAGUUCCAAUAGCAAAAAACUGUACACUAACCUGAAAGAAAUGGCAACUUUCUCAUUCCUCAAGCUUGCUUGUGUUUUUGUGUUCAUCUGCGUGAUAUUGGGAGUCGCCUCACGUGCAACAGAGGCAGCCAUAUCAUGCAGUGGAGUUAGUGACUCCUUGUCACCCUGCAUGUCGCACCUGAAGAGCAGUGGGCCCACCCAGGAAACUCCACCAACGAACUGCUGUGCCGGGGUAAGGUCAGUCAAGGCCACAGCCCAACAAACGGGUGAACAUAGGGCCGUCUGUGAGUGUAUGAAAUCCACUGCAGCUAGCACCAAAGGGCUCAACUAUGACCAUGCAGCUAAGCUGCCUGCACAGUGUGGGGUUAGCAUGUCUUACACCUUCAGCCCCAACACUGACUGCACCAAAGUAAUGAAUUAGGGCUUCAAGGAGGGAAAACCGUUCUCUAAUAAACAUCACGCAUGAGACUACACCAAAGAGUCCCUCUUUCAUACUUCGUAUUACUUAAGUUUCUGUUUCUCUGUAAUGGAGUUCUGAUGUUCUGUAUGUACAGUUUGUUUACAUGAAUAAAUUG